AUGAAUAUUAAAGUUGUCUUUGAAAACAAAAUACAUUUGCUUCCCGCCUCACUCAAUAACUUUAAUUAAAUCAAAGAAAAUAUCAAAUGUCUUUAUCCAAAAUUAAGGAAAAAUUUUGAGAUAUACACUUAAGUUCUUCCAAGUUUUUAUUUUUAAGUAAAUUAGAAUAAACUCCAUUUAAAAUCAAUAAUGAAGAUCAUUUUAACUAGUUAAAAUAAUUAUAUGGACAUUUAAAAUUCAAAUUCAUUAUAAAAAAUUCCUAAUAAGACCAUUUAGAAUAAGAAGAAAUUCAAGCACUUAAUUAGAGUAUCAUAGCCCAGUACAAUAAUGGGGAUAGUAAAUUGUUUAAUAAUUUUAGAAUAAUUACAGGAUAUACAUUAGAAUUUUAAUGAUAUAAAUACAAAAUCUAAUUAAUAGAUUUAACAAUCCAAUAUUGAAAAGUUGAUCAUUGAAUUAGUAGACUAAAGGCUAGAAUUCUUUGGCUUGAUAAAAUAAGAAAUAUAACCUAUUUUUAAAAUGAAAAUUGAACAUAGUCCAUCUACAGUAUUUGUAAUACCAGGAAAAUAAUUUUUGUGGAGUGUUUGUUUAAGAAAUACUAGCAAUGUGAAAUGGUUGAAAGAAGAUGUAUAUUUAAAGUGCAUAGAAGGUUAAUUUUUACACUAAAAACUGUUUGUAUCAAUAUUAAAUAAAUUAGUUUAACAUUGACAUUCCAAUAAAUGAACUUUGCACAUUAGGUAUUAAAUUGAUAGCUCCUAAAAGAUUAGAUGAUUCUCCUUAAAUAUUUCAAGUAAUUAUAUAAAGAUAUAUGUUUUAGUUAUUUCAUUAAUAAUAACAUUUUGGAAAACCAAUUAUUUUUAAAUUAUAGCUUACAGAAAGUUUAUAAAAGAAAUAAUAAGCCUCUGUAUUAAAACUUGAAAUCUAGUUAUAAAAAAUAAAAUUACGUAAAGCGAAAAAAUUUUUUUAAAGAUUAAAUGGAUAUCAAAUUAGGUAAGAAGUAAUUCAACUAUGGCAUCAGAAACACCUUGAUUGA